CUCUUAUUUUGUCAAGCACAAUAUUUCCCUACGUAUGUGUACGUAAUGACGUAACACGCCCAAAGAACAAACCGACGCAUGAUCUGAGAGAAAGAGGCGCCGGCGAACAAGAGGAAAUGGCUGUGAACGUAUAUUCCACCUCGGUGACUAGCGACAAUCUGAGUCGUCAUGACAUGCUCGCAUGGAUCAAUGAGUCUCUACAGAUGAACUUCACUAAGAUCGAGCUUUUAUGUUCAGGUGCAGCCUACUGCCAGUUCAUGGACAUGCUGUUCCCAGGCUGCAUACCUCUGAAGAAAGUUAAAUUUGGUGCAAAGUUAGAGCAUGAAUACAUACACAAUUUUAAGAUAUUACAGGCUGCUUUCAAGAGGAUGGGAGUUGACAAAAUUAUCCCGGUUGACAAAUUGGUGAAGGGCAAAUUUCAAGACAAUUUUGAAUUUGUUCAGUGGUUUAAGAAGUUUUUUGAUGCCAACUACGAUGGAAAAGAGUAUGACCCAGUGGAGGCUCGACAGGGUCAGGACACCAUGCCUGCACCCAACCCCUCCAUGCCUGCCCUCAGCAAGCCCAAGAAGAUCAUGAAUGCAGUGCAUCAGUCUACUCCUGUUAAGACAGCCAAAGCAGCUGCUGUAAUCGCACCACAGAGAGCAGCCGUUGCCAAGGUAACACCCAAGAUGGCACCUAGCUCUGCGCGGAGAACCGGUGCUGGUGGCGAUGAAGAAAGGGCAGAGCUUAUUCAGGAGUUAAACAUCUUGAAGUCUACAAUCCAGGACAUGGAGAAGGAGCGGGACUUUUACUUUGGCAAACUGAGGAACAUUGAGCUGAUCUGUCAAGAGAAGGAGGGUGAGGGAGACCCCACCCUGCAGAGGAUUGUGGAUAUUCUCUAUGCCACAGACGAGGGAUUUGUCAUACCAGACGCUGAGUCAGAGGACCAGGAGGAGUUCUAAUGCUCGUGACUUGUUGCAGUUUCACCCUCCUCUCACUCUCUCCAUUCCCGUCCUCUCCACACAGUCACUCACCUCCCCCUGCCAUCCACACAUCCCGUUAUGCAUUUGGACUUUUACCGAACUAACUCCAUAUUGAAUCCCAUUGCAUCUGCUAAAGCAUGUUGAAAGAACUGUUUUAAUGCCCUCAGACCUCUGGUUGCCACGAUACUCCCGUUUCGCUCCGAGGAAGAGUGCGUUUCCUGUCUGUAAAAUACAAUCUAAUAUUGUUUUCCUCUUUCAGCAACUUCAGACACCUGCAAAUGUAUUUAUCUCGUUUUAAAUGUCUCUCAAACGUCUUGGACACAUGGUCUGUAGUGUUUUAUAGGUGACGUCUCCCCCUCACUGCUGUGAUACAUAUCUGUGAACAUGUCUUAUUCAGAACCGUACCUUACUGACGCAAAACCAAGGGACGGAAUGACAAAACGUGCGGUAGUUCAUUGCAAAAACCCUCUCUCUUCCUAGUUUCCGCUCAUGGUUUUGGUGCUUGCUUUAGCGUAAGGCAGAUAGCAGUCACCAGCGCUCCAGUCUAUCCUCAGUGACUGUGCCUUAUACAGACUGUCUGGAGGGAGUGGACCCAGUCUGAUGUUCGUCUUUUCUUUGUUUUAUGGAUGUAGUGAGGCGUCAUUUUCGAGUUGACGUAUGUACUAACACUCAGUCGUGCUCUUUGGUGUACAGGAUGCUGCUGAACUGUAGCGCCACAGUUGCAUAAGUAAAAAUAUUUUAUUAUAAUUUUAUUGCGUUCGUUUUAAAGAAUUAUCCUAGCCACUACAUCGGUGGACUCGAGGCCAAAAUUUGAGUUGACAAAACAAACACUGCCCGUUUUCUACCUGUUUUUACUGCCUUAUAUUUAAUGCUUUUUUCUAUCCUUUCAUUCGCGCUCUCUCUCUUGGCAAAUGUUUGUAAUUCAAGUUUUCUUUUAAUUGUUAUUUGUAGGAAUAGCAGCAGCAGCAGCAGCAGAAUUUUAGACCCAAAACUUUAAAGUACAAAAGAUUAAAUCCUUUUGAGUUAUUUUAAAAGAUUGCACUCUUUCAUUCCCUAAAUAACUCUGUCAAGCUGAUACAAACACUAAAAAUAUCAACUAAAGGAGCUUUUUAGAUGAAAGCUUUCCGUUCAUUUUCUAAAAACCAGCGAUCUGAAUUUGAUCUGUAUGAGUUUUUGGAGAUUCAUGACGAUUAUGACUUUGGAUCACUGUGCCAACUGACUUUUUCUGAUGUGUAGUUUCAUUGUUUUCAUGUGCACUGGUCAUUCUCAAUCGAUAUGAAUUUUUCUCUGUGUGUAGUUCUCAAUGUUGCAUUUUACGUCAAUAGCACACGCAAAGCCGGCAAUCAGAGUUUUUAUUGGUGCUAUGAAAUACCUUGACCCUUAAGAACUUGCCUGUUUGUGCUAGAAGAGCCUCUUUGCUGGUUGAUUUGGUUUAUUGGAUUAGAAAUGUUUGCUGCAGUUGGGUGGAUGCAACAGCGCUGGAUCUGUUCUAAAUAGGAGACGAUAGGAAAAUAAGCGACACUCAUUUUUGACAAAUAUCUCAUUCAAAUUUCACGUAAUCCGAACUGUUAAAUAUUGGUGGAUCCAAGUAAAAAUGUGGAAGGAAGUUGUUUGGAAGCAGGUAAUGUCUGUGAAACGCAGUGAUUCACCCUUUCCCUCCUUUCUUUCAAUGCUCUGUGGCCUUUAAGAACAAUCUGUAGCGAAGGUACUCAGUACAUUGUGGGGUCCGCACCACGACCAAGCUGUCUCUCUCCCUGUUUUUGUACUUGCAGGCUGUUAAGAGUUCCACAUUUUUAACUGAAGUCCAUUUCUUACAAUAAAACAGUAUUUACAUGC